AAGCUGGUAUUUUUCCACCCAGCAGGAUGGGUGAUGCUGAGAGCUGCCUGCUCAGACAACAGACACGCGAGGUCAGGAAGAAGCCGCUUAUAAAUUACUGCUUCCUCCGCGCCGCCGCCAGCGCCGAGCUCUGGGUCCUGGCCGCAGCCCGGCUCGCUGGUCAGCGUCGAGCCCCGAGGACCGCGAGCUCCGAGGCCGGGCCCCGCCGAGAGGGAACCCGAAGCGCAGACCCCGCGGGCCAGAGAUCGCGCCGGCGAGCAGUCCCUCGGCGCGCGGAACGGAGCUCGGCCGAGCGCAGCGCCGUGGCCGCCCCAGAAAGCGAGGAGGGCAUGGCCACCAAGGAGAAGUUGCAAUGUCUAAAAGACUUCCACAAGGACAUCCUGAAGCCGUCCCCCGGGAAGAGCCCGGGCACCCGGCCGGAGGAUGAGGCCGAGGGGAAGCCCCCGCAGCGGGAGAAGUGGGCCAGCAGGAUCGACUUCGUGCUCUCCGUGGCUGGCGGCUUCGUCGGCUUGGGCAACGUCUGGCGUUUUCCCUACCUCUGCUACAAAAACGGCGGAGGCGCAUUUCUCAUACCAUACUUCAUCUUCCUGUUUGGGGGCGGCCUGCCUGUGUUUUUCCUGGAGGUAAUCAUAGGCCAGUACACCUCUGAAGGGGGCAUCACCUGCUGGGAAAAGAUCUGCCCCUUGUUUGCUGGCAUCGGCUAUGCCUCCAUCGUGAUCGUGUCCCUCCUGAACAUAUACUACAUCAUCAUCCUCGCCUGGGCCAUGUACUACCUGUUCCAGUCCUUCCAGUCGGAGCUCCCCUGGGCCAAAUGCAACCACAGCUGGAACACACCCCACUGCCUAGAGGACACCUUGCGGAAGAACCGGAGCCUCUGGGUCUCCAAUAGCACCGCCAACUUCACCUCCCCUGUCAUCGAGUUCUGGGAGCGGCAGGUUCUGAGCCUGUCUUCCGGGAUUGACGAGCCGGGCGCGCUGAAGUGGGACCUCGCUCUCUGCCUCCUGCUCGUCUGGCUGGUCUGUUUCUUCUGCAUCUGGAAGGGCGUCAAGUCCACGGGCAAAGUCGUCUACUUCACGGCCACCUUCCCGUUCGCCAUGCUCCUGGUGCUCCUGGUCCGUGGGCUGACGCUGCCCGGCGCGGGCGCAGGCAUCAAGUUCUAUCUGUACCCCGACAUCAGCCGCCUGGAGGACCCAGAGGUGUGGAUCGAUGCCGGGACCCAGAUAUUCUUCUCCUACGCCAUCUGCCUGGGGGCCAUGACCUCGCUGGGGAGCUACAACAAGUACAAGUACAACUCAUACAGGGACUGUAUGCUGCUGGGAUGCCUGAACAGUGGUACCAGUUUUGUGUCUGGCUUCGCAAUUUUUUCCAUCCUGGGCUUCAUGGCACAAGAGCAAGGGGUGGACAUUGCCGAUGUGGCUGAGUCAGGUCCUGGCCUGGCCUUCAUCGCCUACCCGAAAGCCGUGACGAUGAUGCCGCUGCCCACGUUUUGGUCCAUCCUUUUUUUCAUUAUGCUUCUCUUGCUUGGACUGGAUAGCCAGUUCGUGGAAGUGGAAGGACAGAUCACGUCCUUGGUUGAUCUGCACCCAUCCUUGCUAAGGAAGGGUUUUCAUCGGGAGAUCUUCAUCGCCUCCAUAUGCUGCGUCAGCUACCUGCUGGGGCUGACCAUGGUGACGGAGGGCGGCAUGUACGUCUUUCAGCUCUUUGACUACUACGCAGCGAGCGGUGUAUGCCUCUUGUGGGUGGCGUUCUUUGAAUGUUUUGCUAUUGCCUGGAUAUAUGGCAGCGAUAACUUCUACGAUGGUAUUGAAGACAUGAUCGGCUACCGGCCGGGGCCCUGGAUGAAGUACUGCUGGGCCGUGGUCACCCCGCUUCUCUGUAUUGGAUGUUUUGUCUUCUCUCUCGUCAAGUAUGUACCCCUGACCUACAACAAAGUCUACACGUACCCCACCUGGGCCAUCGGGCUGGGCUGGUGCCUGGCCCUGUCCUCCAUGGUGUGCGUCCCCCUGGUCAUGGUGGUCCGCCUCGGCCAGACCGAAGGGCCCUUCCUCGUGAGACUCAAGUACCUGCUGACCCCGAGGGAGCCCAACCGCUGGGCCGUGGAGCGCGAGGGGGCCAUGCCCUACAGUUCACGCAUGGCCCUCAACAACACGCUCAGGAAACCCACCCACAUCAUCGUGGAGACCAUGAUGUGAGCGCUCUCCGGCGGACGGGCCGUUCUCCUGCUGUUUACUAACAUUAGAUUCUCAUAGGACCAGGUUUACAAAGCUUUAUAUUUGCACUAGGGUUUUUGUUUAUUUUUUCAAUUGUCACAGAAAAUGUUACUCUGUGUGUGUGUGUGUGUGUGAGCGUGUGCGCGUGUGGUGUUGUGUGUAUGUGUAUUUCCUUUUGAUCUGGGGAUGUUUUGUACAAAAAAGCAAACCCACGGGCAGCUGUCCGGGGCAAGGCAGAACUUUCAUACAGAAUCAGAUGUAUUUUAUGGGGACUUGGUAAAAUUUUCUUUGUAUUUUUUUUUACAUGUAACUAUGUACACACGUAGAGAUCGUCAAGCACUUUUACCACUUGAAUUGAUCUUGCCAGCAAUAGAUCUCGUUUUUAAAAGCAAUUCUUCGGUGCUUGUGCAACUGGCAGAAAGUUCUGCCCGCCCCCCCCCCCCCCCCCCGCCACCGACCAGAACCCUGGGUGGAAUUUUAAAGGUGUCGUACCCGCAGACCUGGUUCAAGUGAAGCAAACAGCUAUCUGGCCAGACCCCAAGGGGCUGGAGAGAGGAAGGCGCCUUGUGACGCUAUCUUAGCCAACAAGAGAGAUGCCCAAACCGUAAACCAACCCUCAAGAAAAGGGACUCAGAGUCCACAGUAGAGGCCCAACGGCGAAAGUCGGAUGCUAAGAGCGCCGGGGACCCCUGCAUCGGGAGGGUCCCUAUUAUUUCAGGAUUGAGGGUGGAUAGUCAGAAGGAUGAGAGUGAGAGGCGUCCUUCCCCGGGGUAUCCCCUCAAGCAAGUGGAGGCUGGCCCCGCAGGAACUGGGCAUCUCCAGGCUCCAGACCUCACAUAGAUGGGUCUGUUGCCUUAGAAGGGGGCUCCUAUCAGCUUCCGGCCGACCUCCCCAGCUGGCAUCUCUUGAAGCUGCCUGUUGGAGAAGCAUGAUGUAUUUGGUGAGGGUCGAGGGGUAAGCCAGUGGACCAAAGGAUGUGCGCCCAAGUGCCCCCGAGCAGGUGGGGGGCCUGGUGUCGGGCGAGGGGCUGCUCCUUCCCUCCUCACUCCACCCUCAGCUCCGGCCUCGUUUCCCAGAGGCUCUUGUUGAAGACCCUGGCCCAGGGUCACCCUGGUGCCCAGCAGGGAGCUCCAGGAGUGAGCUGUCAUUGGGGCGAGGUGCUCCCCAAACUCUCCUGCGAGUUCAGGCACAGGUGCAACCCACGCGGGUCACCUGGGAGCUAAGGUGUCGCUUUUGCCCCCUCCCCUACAAAAGCUGGGGUCAGGCGUGCAGUGGGUGGGGACCGCAGGCAGAAGCUGAGUCAGGGCAGGCACCCUGGAAACGGGUGUCCCUCUCUGAACCAGGACAGAAGGCACCCCACCUUUAGAAUCCCGCCCAGCCCGCAUCUGGACCUCAACUGUGCCAUUUAAACAGACACUUCCAAGCCCAGAGUCUAAAGUAAACCGAACCAUCAUCCCAUACAAAGGGCAGUGAUCGCCUCCGGGGCUGUGGAGCGCGGUCCCGCUCCGCGUUCAGAGCAGGGGUUCUAUGAACCCUGGGACCCCCCCUCCCCAAACCCAGGCAGGGGUGGGGCCUCAGGUGUCGCCUUCCCAGGGGGCAGAGGUGACUCUGAACCUCCCAUCUUUGGUGUGUGGUUGCAGUCCCGUCUCCAUGGCGAUACUCUGCCAAACAACACCCCACCCUAUUCCAAACCGUCAGCAAGUCUACGUUCCCAUCUCACUGUGUAUUUAUGGUUGCCACUGUGUCUGAUUUGCUGGUGUUGUUUUUGUUUUUUCCCAGUUUUAUUGAGUAGCAAUGUGACCUCUUCUUUGUCUUAUGGAGCUUUAGUAAACUAACCACUGUCAGUGACUGGGGACAGGUCACGUGCAGGGGCUCAGGGGGGCCCCGGACCCCGGUGAAAGGCCACAGCAUUUCGGGAUGGUUGGCAAAUCGCAACAUUCUGGAAAUGGCCCGGAAACGGCCCCUUCUUCUACGAUUCCCAGACCAAAUUCUAGACCAAAGACACACGCAGACCAAGCCUCCAGGCCCCGCCUGGAAGGAAGGUCAGCCACUCUCCCAAACCGGGUCCUCGCCCAUCUCCGGGCACCUGUCCCCAGUCACCAGCCCCCGCCUGACCCCCCAGCUCCUGUGUAUCCAUAGAACUCGGCUCUGCGAGUACCUUAUGUAAUGACGUGUGCCUCUGAUGUCUCCGCAUAAAGGAAACUUGUCAUUGGAGCUCACGACUGGUUCGCCUGUCUCUGGGCAGGCCCCCUGCCUGCGCUCUACCUGGGACGGAAUUCUGAUGUUUGCAGCCAGAUUUGGAAGGGAGGCAAGAGGGAGGCUUAAAGGAUGUUUCUAGGGUGCAGAAAUGGGGCAGGGCCCCAGGACGGUCUCACCCGGGGAGAUGUUUCAUGGAGCUGGGCCUGGGCCCUGUUCGCCCCUGCGGUCCCCAGUGAUGGAGAGGCUUCCUGGGUCUCCCAGUCAGCGCCCUCAUUGGCAAAGGGGCAUGUUCGCCUUGAAGACCAAAGACCAGCCUUAUGGCAAAGGGCAUGCUCCGUCCCCAGAGUCCAGGGACCCUGUGAGCGCCCUCAGGGGCCGGCUGGACCCCAAGCUGCAGCUCAGUGGGACAGGCAGCCCCGGCCCCCGGCCCCCCACCCAGCAGGCCUCUGGGAGCCAGGCGUUGAGAGCAGGGAUGCAGGAGAUGGCAGGAUCUAGCCUGAGGCCACGUGGGACAUCCAAAGCCAUCACAGAGCGGCCUCAGGUGGUUUCUGGGCCCUGGGCAGCUCCCUCUGCAAAGCCUCUGGUCCCACAUUCUCUCCCCAGGUCCCCAAGACGGUGGAGGGGACAGUGUAAGGGGAGCGGGGGUCCUACUCAGCCUGGCCCAGAGUGUCCCCGUGUCCCCAGGUGCCACACAGCGGUCAGGGGCCCAGCCAGCAUCUCUCAGCGCUACCCCCCACCAUUCCUCCCCACCCCCAGGCCUCAGAGACUGGCCAGGAAAGAACCCAAGAAAGGAACCCCCCUCGAGGCAGCCAGAGGCCCCAUCCAGCCCUCAGACCCAAGGUCUGGGGAACCAGGCCGUCCACGUGGACGCCGCGAAUAUCACUGUGCAAAAAUCCCAACAAGCACAAAACAACGAAGUCAGGCAUCGAACUCGGAGAGGGGUGUGGACGCCCCGGAGCCAGGGGGCAGCCUUUGUCCCUGGGUCGGCCUCUCCACGGGUGUCGCUGCAGACACGUUCUGCCCUGUUCCCUGGGGUGGGGGGCUGAAGCAUCUUAUUAUAUAUUUGACUUCAAACUGAGAUGUCGGCUUCAUUUUUUUUUUCACCCAAUUAAUUUUCAAAUCCCUAGCAACUGUGACUGUAUUUAGCACGAGAGAAAGCUGAGAACAUAGGUCUUUGCCUCCUUCCAGAAAUGUCUGGUUCAUCAGGACAUUUUUUGAAACUUCAAACUAUUUUUUAAGAUAUUUUAAACUUUUGUAAAAGAAAAAAAAAUAUAUCAAGCAACAAGAGACUCUUCUGAGGAGCAUUUGUAAUUGAAUAAGAUCCUUGGUGUGUAAUUCAGUCUCGCUGUAUACAAGCUUUUGUGUAUAAAUGUUUUCUGAUACGAAUCCCUGUAUUUUGCAGGGUGUUUCUUUUCCUCUUUGGCUUUUUAGAUAAAUAUGUAUAUCAAUAUUUUAAAUUCAUCUUUGCUUUUUUUUUUUUUAGAGGAGUUUGUAAUCACGUUAUAACAUGAAAAUAAAAUUUCCUUUUAAAAUC